AUGAGCCUGACCAUCUAUCAUAAUCCCCGCUGCUCGAAGUCUCGCCAGACAUUGGCGUUGCUCACCGAGCGCGGCCUCGCGCCCAAGAUCGUCGCCUACCUGGAAGCGCCACCGUCCGUCGCGACGCUGCGCGAUCUUCUUAAAAAGCUCGGCCUUCGACCGCGUGACCUGCUGCGCACCAGAGAGGCGGCCUACAAGGAGUUGCAGCUUGCCGACCCGGCCAAGAGCGAUGGGGAUAUUCUCGCGGCCAUGGCGUCGCACCCGAUCCUCAUCGAGCGUCCGAUCGUGGUGAAUGGCGCCAAGGCCGCGCUGGGCCGUCCGCCGGAGCAGGUGCUGGAAAUUCUUUAG